CGGAGAUGGAGACCGCAUAGAGCGCACCGCGUCCUGUCCCGCUGCUGGAGACGAGGGAGGAUGCUGAGGGUCGUAGUCCCACACUACCAAAAGAGUUCGAAGAACGCUGUGAACUUCUAUGCGGCGCUGAUCAAUGGCUAUCCAAGUUAAUGAUUCACUGCUGGAAACGGUACAAGAACUGGAAGAAUUUCCUCAAAAAGUCUGCUCUCCUCGGGAAGAGAAAUGGGAGAAGGAGCUGACAGAAGCAUUGAUGGAGGUCAGCGAGAAGAUGCUUGAAGACGAUCAGAAGGCCACAGCGUGGGUGAUAGGAACAGGAUGGGAAGAAGCUGUGUGCGGCUGGGGUCCAGCUUCAGCAACGGCGUGUCUGCACCCCCUAAAGAAACAGAAGAAGCUUAAAACUGGGGAGACCACAGACUGUAUCUUAUGCCUAGACCUGCACUUCAUACCCGAGAGUAAAGACACGGCUGCAGAAACUAAACCCAGCGCAGUGACCAACCAGAAGUCAAUGAGUGAGACGAGCCUCAGGGAUCAUGUCCCACUCCCUGCAGAGAUGGACUUGGACUCCGACUUUACAAGUGACCGACCUUUCACUGCCGCGGUUUCCAAGACAGAAACCUGUGGCGAGAUGUCCACUGGAGAACCAAGACAGAACAAGGAGAAGACUUUACAGAGGAACUCUUCACCAUUUGCCGGGAGAGCCAUUCCUAUUUGUACCAACUGUUACAACGCAAAGGCAAUGUUUAACACGCCCAUCUUACUGCCACCGCUGAAAGCUUCCCCUGGAAACGGGCACGCGGAGCAGAUGGCACGAAGGAAAGAGAUUCUGCUCCAGCAGCUGGAAAAGCUUCCUUCAAAGGGAUUUAUGGGCAAUUCCCUGACCGGCCAAGUUCUCCAGAACAUUGACCUAAGGGUAGAGCGGAAGCUUCUCGAAGCCAUGAGUGACCUUCCUCCAGAGCAGCUAAGACUACCCGAACCACUGUCCUUCAUCACCUCCUGCACACCAAAAACACCGCUCAAGGAUGCCGAGCGUUUGCACUGGCAGUACUCGUUACUAGCCCAGAAGUCUACUGCCGCAAACGGCAACUCUGUAAAACACGCCGCCAACUCCACCCCGGUGGGCUUCCUCCACACUAGAGCAACACAGAACAAGCGAAAUAUCCGCCAAGACCUGAAAAACCUCAAUGAUUCUAAAGUUAGAAGAGCAAAAUCCGGCACCAGCCACGUACCUGACACAGUGUUACCUGCUUUAACUGUUACCAGAGUAGAAAUACCCAUCAAAAUGAAACUGUGCUAAUAAUGAUAGUAACGUAAUACAAGUCACAUUUGUAACCAGCUACCUCUAUUAAUACUACAUGUUACCUGGUGCCAAU